UAAAACAGCGUUGCUAGAGGGACUAGAAGUUGACCAGUACAUGUGGGGGAUUCUUAAUGCCAUCCAAAACUCGGAGUUUGAGGAGGUGACCAUAGACCCUUCGUGUAGUUGGAGACCUGUGGCCAUCAAGUCUGAUAUCCACAUCAAGGAGGAUCCAGAUGGACCCAUGGCCAAGAGGUUCAAGACCAUGAGCCCCACCCAGAUGACCCUGCCCAACGUGAUGGAGAUGAUCGCCCUGCUCGGCCCAGGGCCCUCGCCCUACCCGCCCCAACAGGGGGGCAACAACAGCGAAUACGGAAGCCAUGGUAACAGUUACCAGGGCCACAGCGGGGGCUUUGACUUCCCCCAUGGGAACCCUGGUGGUACGACCAUGAACGACUUCAUGCACGGCCCCGUUCUGUCCCACCCGCCAAACAUGGCACAGGACAAACCCCUCACACACAGCAUGCCUGACUCU